AUUUAAAACACUUGGACUGUAUUUCUUUUUCAAACUCGAAAUUAUCAGCACAAAACAGAAAACUGUUAAAAUGACACUUGUCAAACUAUUAGUGUACACAUGCCUUCAUCAGCUGUUUGUAUCAUCAGAUGUCUUAGCUGAAGAAUCCAAUAUUUCAGUAGCUGCUAGAUUUUAUGAUGAUUUAGUUCAAACAUUUGGAGAUGAUGGGGAAUUGAACGGUGAACAAUUGCAGAGAUUGUUAAAUGCCUUACGUUGGAGAGGAAAUUCUUCACACAAUAGGAACACUGUUCAGAAAAUAGGAUGCAACUUGACUGACCCUACUCAGAACAAAUUCUCAUGUCUCCAUGACAAGUGUCUAACUGCAGCAGAUCUGCUUGCUCUUUACAACUGGGAUGGAACAAUCAACUCUACAGAAUUUCCACAGUUUGCUCCUGGUCUGCUCUACCAAGCAACAUUACAACAUUGUAACCAUGACAUCGUAGACCAAGAGACCCCUUCUCCACACCAAUACUCCGAGGGAGAAGUAUGGGGCUAUGGCUUGCUAUGCAUUACUGCGGUUGUUGGCUCAGGACUUCUUGGGUGUCUUAUAUUCAUUUGUGUGGCCAACCCUCGUAUCUAUGACAUUCUUCUCAUGGCAAUGGUCUCCCUUGCUAUUGGAGUCCUCACUGGCAUGGGCCUCUUAUUUCUCAUACCAGAGGCUCUUAUGUUGUCACAUCAUAUCGAGACCAAGGAAUUCUAUUGGAAAUUAUCUUUUGUUGCUGGUGGUUUAUACUUUCUCUUUAUCUUCGAGCGAAUCAUAAAAAUUGUGAAACAUGCUAAACAAAAGAACCACAAUCCCCAUGACUAUAAGUCAGUACCAAGUAUAAGCAGUGAUAAUGAUAUCAUUUUCAUGCCUCAUGGGAAUGGUUCCUCCUCUGCCAAGCUAUUAGAGAGCCAAUCAGAUUACAGCAUUGAGACCAAAAUGACGUCUAUCACAGAGGUUCCAAAGGUGAAGUUUACAUUGGAUGAUGUUGCUGAGGACAAAAAGUUAAAGAAGCCCAAAAAUCUGAAGCACAUGCAAAAGAAAGAAAUUGACACAGUUGCCUGGGUGUUGGUACUUGGGGAUAUCCUACAUAACUUCGUGGAUGGCAUAGCUAUAGGGGCAGGUUUCUCUCAGAGUGUACUCACUGGUGUUGGACUCUCUGUCUGUAUGAUAUGUGAACAUGUUCCUCAUAAAGUUGGGGAUUUUGCGAUCUUGGUAAAUGCGGGGAUGAGUUUGAAACAAGCUGUUCUAUACACCCUGCUGCCUGGUAUUAUGAACUACUUAGGUUUUGCAGUGGGAGUUGUGGUUGGUGAAUUGGCCAACGCAACAACAUGGAUACUGGCAUUUGCUGGAGGGAUCUUCCUCUAUAUUGGACUUGUUGACAUGCUGCCUGAAGUAAGUGAGAAAGUGGAUGCUGAAAAAACAGUGAAAGGACAACUGAAGAUAUUUGCUCUCCAAAAUCUAGGAAUCUUGGCUGGUUAUUCCAUUAUGAUUAUUGUGGCACUGUAUGCAAGUGACAUUAGUUUUGAGUAG